GAUUGAGGCUUCGGAUACAGAAAAUGUGUAGAGUCGGUGCAUUUCACAUCACGAGGGCGGUUGUUUUCUCGAUUUCAUCCCCUGCAGUAUGAACAUCGUUGAUCAUUUUAUUUAUUUUUAUUUUAUUUAAAUUUACGGUGUGGCUACCGUUUUUUUUUUUUUUUUUAACACAUUCAAUUCAUCAGUGACUCCCACCGAAAUUUCGUUAUUUUAAUUCCGUUUGUACACUCGGUAUCGUUUUAAAUAAUUAAUACAACUAACGAGUUUAAUUUUGUAGAGGGUAAAGUGUAAAUGAUAAUUAUAAUUAUUAUUGAGUGAUUGAUACGAACAGACAAGUAUAAUAUAAUUAAAAUAUUAAUUAAUGGGGGAUUUUUAUUUGCUGUAUCAGUGAAGUGACUUGUGUUUUUACUAAUACUAACAACAGUUAUUAUUUUAUUUAAAUUAUUUUUAAAUUAAUGCCCAGACAGUAGUAAAGUUAAUAGUUAAUUUAAAUUAAGAAUAAAGUAUUAUAUUUUAACGAGAAUUCUCUAAAAUGUGAUAACUCAUCUGAAUAAUGAAUACUAAAGUAACAUGACUAAUGACUUUAUAGACAUCAUAAACGGAAUUUAAUCUACAUUUUCAUUACUUAGUUGGUGUUUCAGUGUACCACAAUUCAAGAUUUUUUUUCUAAUGAUCACCGCUGGUAUUUUAUUAACUAACGCAGUUGAAAAAGUACAAAAGGAGAAACCAGAGUUAUUUGAAGCUUGUUUUAUAUAUCUACGGUGCUGUGCUCACUCGGAUCGAUCGGACUUGCUAUUUUAAUGACUUUUUUGAAAAUGAGUCUAAUAUAAAAUAAAAUAAAAAAAAAGUGUACAUAGAGAUGAAUUUUAUGUGAAGAGAAGAGCCGACAUUACGACACAACAAAACAGAAUAAAAAAGGCGUAAAAACGCGAAACAAAGGCAUGACGACGAGGCUUUGAUGUGACAAAUGUAGGCCUCACGUUUUAUUGUUGGCAUUGUCGGCCAACAACAAUGAUUAUAUAACUGAGGUUUAUUACUCUAUUAUAAAAAUAAAUAAAAAAAUAGAGAAAUAGACAAAUAGACAAAUAGACACGAAGAAGAAAUUUAUUAAAAUGGAGUUUAAUUUAAGAAUAGCUUGAUGGGAUGGCAAUAACUCAAAUGUAAUCCUGGAAUUUAUGGCUGUAAAGUACAGGGACAAUUGAAGAUUGAAGGACAAGAUAACGUUGAGACGAAAACUUGGAAAUUCAUGAGAAUCAUGAUUUGGGGGCUUUGGCUGGCAAUCGUCUUUACUUUAGCGUCUUACGCUUAUUCUCAAAUGACUUGGACCCCGAUCUUUGUCAGCGGUGAGAGUCAAGUGGAUUUUUGGACCCAGAGCGAAACCGGGUGUGCUUGCAGCUUCAAUUCAUCAAGCAAAAAUUGCGCGUGUUGCGUACUAUCAGGAGGAUGUAGCUGUGGUAGCGCCAUGCCUAAGCGAUGUGCUCAGUGUGGCUUGGAACAAUAUUGUACAAACAUGUGUAACAUAACGUUAGAUAGCAAACAACUUUUGAGAAAGUCUAAUCGGGCUUUUGGCCAGAUAAAAUCACUAUCGGUAAUAGGGCCAACUGAGUGCUUUUACAGGUUUAUCCCGGAUAUUGGUCAACGAGUCGAAUUACAAAUCUAUCGUUUAAUCUCCAUUGGACGUCACAAUGGAACGGCGUGUGAAGGUGGCUGGCUCGAACUGGAAGGCGGCGCCCGUAUUUGCGGUUCUAAUGUUCGAUUCGAUCGACCCGUGGUGCUUUUUUCCGACAAAAGUGAAGCAACACUACGAAUGCAAAUUCACGAGAACACCACGAGAUCGCAAUUUUUAGCAUAUUUUAGUUUUGCCUCGAAAGCUAGCACGUCCGUUGGCUGGCCGAUGAGAGGAGGAAAAGCUAUUAAUAAUACGGAUUGUGAUUGGAUCUUCGAGGAUUGUUUGAACACAGAUUGCAUUUUGGCGAGUCCUGCCUAUCCAGGGCUUUACCCGGCAAAUAUACGAUGCCGCUAUCUCAUCAAGUCAAAUAUCACAGUAUCAAUUACACUUGCAUUUAACUCCUUGCUUCUAUCUUUCAAUCACUGCACCGAUGAUUAUGUCGCCAUUUACGCGGGUCCCACCGUCUCGAGCACAAUGCUCAAGAAGUUAUGCAAUAAUGAGAAGAUGUCUAUUGUUCACGUCGGAACUGAGCUACUCGUGGAGUUUAAGUCAGGCUCGGAGAUGUCACCGUUCAACUACAACGGAUUUUCUGCUCAAGUUACUGUUAAUGAGUUAACAACAUUACCGCCAACAACUACCACAUCGUUUUAUAGUACAAUUAAAAGCAUUGAAGAUAACGUCAACAACAGUAUCAUCUACGAUGUAACCAAGUACAAUAAUCGUAACCUAAAGGAUUUGCGAAGCAACUCUGUGGUCGGCAGCAGUACAACCGCAGCGGGCUGCGAUCUUGAAAUAGAUGGCAACAAGUCGAGAUUUGGUCACUAUAAUACAAGAGGAAAGAUUCAAUCUGAUAGUUGUCACUUUGUUCUAAGAGGGAGAAUUCACGAUACGGUUCAUAUCCUUUUGAUCAGUUACAAUCUGAGUGCUCCAUCGUGCAAGACAGUGAUUGAGAUCUGGGACGAUGGGAGUCCGGGGGAGGAAAAAAACCUUAAAAAUAUAAAGAAGAUCUGCAGUCCAGUCCAAACAGUUAAACGGCCACGACAAUUCAAUCAUUCUGAAAGGUACAGUGAACCGGAGCAUUAUUCAUCAACCGGGCGUGAAUUGACGAUUGUUUUUAAACGGACGGACAACAAAACAGACGACCAACAAUUCAUCGAGUUCUCUUACUACUUUCAUGAUGAAGGGGAAGGAGGUACUUUACGGCCCUCGAGCACUUGCGAUGUUGAAUAUUACGGGUUGAGUUCAUCAAGAGUAGGACAGCUGACCAAUCCAAUUUUUAAGUUUUUUACAACACAAGAUUACAUUAAAUGCAAACAACAUUUCAUACCAGCGACUAAUCAAUCAGUCGUUUUAACGGUGGACAACGGUAUCACUAAUGAAUCAUCAAAUAAAUCCUGUAAUACACUUUGUGGCGAUAACGGUUGCCAUUGUGUCAGUGAUAAACAUCUCGACGAAAUAAAUCAUGUUAAACUAGUCUCCGAGCCGAACAAUGUUGUCAUCUGUUUGUGUGGAAAUUACGAGAAUUGGCUUCCACUCACAAUACGGGCCUGGAGUCCUCUUUACAUCGAGUGGUCGCGAUCCUCUGGAACAGAUCUCAAUGUAAAAGCCGCAUACAAGUUUAUCGAAGACACUUACUGCGGUGAUCACUCGACAACUCAACUGGAGGGUAUCGUUAAAGCUGGCGAUUUGACAAGUAACGCAAUAUCCAAUCAAUACUACCAGCAAAAAUGCACAUGGAUUUUGGACUCUACGAUUGAUCGGCAAUUAACUGUCGAGGUCGAAUCGUCGCAGGACCGACCGUGCACGUCAUGGAAUUUAACUAUUCAUGAAUAUACUAGAAGUGCAAAUCCACUUGGUCAGAGACUUUAUACUUUUUGCUCAAGAGAUAAACACAAAAAUUUUACCCUACCUUGGAAAAUGAAUACAGCAAUAGUCAGAUUACAAGCAUUAAGUAGGACAGCACCGCAAUACGUAAUGAAAUGGCGUAGUGUCACAACAUUAGGAAGCACCCGAAAAAAUCAACCCUCACCUGCACCUGACUACGUAUUAAAAUCAUCUCAAUCCACGAUAAGUAUUAAUAAUUACAAUACAAUUGUAUCGAUAAAUAUUAUUUUUGUUACACUUAUAUUUUAUUAAUUUACAAUUGUAAUGAUUAUUAUUAUAAAUUGUUAAAUAUUUAUUUGUUAACGUAAAACGUAACUGUCUAACAGUGAAAGAUAAUUUUGUAAAUAAUAUAAAUACUAUAUUAUAUAUUAGAAAGUACAGAGUAUUUAUAGAAUUUGUACAAAGAUACGAUUGAAAACUGAGCCUAGGAAAUGAAUUAUAAAUAUAUAAAUAUAUAUGAUAUAAAGUAUAGGGAUUCUAAAGUAACGUUAAUUUAAAUGUAAUAAAAA